GGUGCUUGGAGCCGAGAGGGUCAGGGGGAGGAGAGGCUUGGGAGUGGAGCGAGAAGACGACAGGAGGAGACCCACGGGGUGACCACUGUGCAUGGACCAUCCCCGGACAGGCUGCACGCUCCUCUGCCCGGACACUUUACAUCAAACCGCACUGUCCACUGCGCUCCCUUCGGCCAAUCGGAAAAACAACAUGAUCACGGACGCAGCAGAGGUCUUGGAUUCAGACCUGGCAGGAGACAGGGCUGGUCCCCUUCGGCCCCUCGUGUGAGCACUGUGGACAUCUGGAGCUGUCCCCGCCCCCUUCUCCACGCUGCUGUCCCGCAGUGUUGGCCUCACAAUCCUCCAGUCUAUAAACUCUACCCACUGGGAUAAAUGAGUGAGCCGAGCGGAAGAACCAGGUCUGGGACAUGUACCAGAACCAAAACAGAAUGUCCUGGUUCAGUGGAUUCCUAGUUGCCAGAGUUGAUGAUCGGAAAACAGCGUGGGGGGAGCGCAAUGGCAAGAAGUCCAAACGGAAGGGAGGCUCGUCUCUCUGCAACCCGCGUUACAUGAGCUGUCUGCGGGACCCCGAUGCCAUGGAGCCCCCUUCUACUGCCCCCCUCCACCAGCCCCACCACCGGGGAGGGGGGGCAGGUGCCAUGGGAGGGGGCAACUUCGGCGUCCGCUGCGGCUGGCAAGAGGACCACUACGGCAAAAGAUCCGGCGAAGGCGUGGGCUUGAAAUCGGUGGACUUGGGAUUCGAAGAUGGCGAUUUAAAAGGGAGAAAGAGCGGCGAAACAAGCGAUGAUGGAGCGAAUGGAGGAGGUAUAGUUACAGCCGCAGACUGCUGGUUACGAGUGGUCCGCGUUUUUCAAUCCAAAAAGUUCCAAUCUCGGAAAUUAGAACGACUUUACCAGCGCUACUUCUUCAGACUCAACCAGAGCUCCUUGACAAUGCUUAUGGGUGUUUUGGUGAUCGUGUGCGGAAUCAUGCUAACCUUCCACUGUGUUCACGCCCCUCCCCACGUGGCCUAUUCGUCGGCGUUGUCCGUGGCGAUGGCGCUUUUUUUGGCGCUAAUGAUCGUGUGUAACCGCAACGGAUUUCACCAGGACUACAUGUGGAUGGUCAGUUAUUUGGUUAUAGGCGUUUUGGUGCUAGUGCAGGUUUUUGGCGUCCUCAUGGUGGCGCCAAGGAGUGCAUCGGAGGGUAUUUGGUGGUCGGUGUUUUUUAUCUAUAUCAUCUACACUCUGCUGCCCGUGCGGAUGAGAGCGGCGGUCCUCAGCGGAGCAGUGCUCUCGGUCAUUCACGUGGUCAGCACCUGGCACAUCAACCAGGAAGACAAGUUCCUCUGGAAACAGGUGAGCGCUAACGUCCUGAUCUUCCUGUGCACAAACAUCAUUGGGAUCUGCACUCACUACCCGGCCGAGGUGUCCCAGAGACAGGCCUUUCAGGAGACCAGAGGCUACAUCCAGGCACGACUACAUCUGCAGAGAGAGAACCAACAACAGGAACGGCUGCUGCUCUCCGUGUUGCCUAGGCACGUUGCCAUGGAGAUGAAGGCUGACAUCAAUGCCAAGAAGGAAGACAUGAUGUUCCAUAAGAUCUAUAUCCAGAAGCAUGACAACGUCAGUAUCCUGUUUGCAGACAUAGAGGGCUUCACCAGUCUGGCCUCUCAGUGCACGGCUCAGGAGCUCGUAAUGACACUAAAUGAACUCUUCGCCAGAUUCGACAAACUGGCAUCUGAGAACCACUGUCUGCGUAUUAAAAUCUUGGGGGAUUGUUAUUACUGUGUGUCUGGUUUACCUGAGCCACGGGCGGACCACGCUCACUGCUGUGUGGAGAUGGGCGUCGACAUGAUAGAGGCCAUCUCGCUUGUCCGUGAGGUCACGGGGGUAAACGUGAACAUGCGUGUGGGCAUUCACAGCGGCCGGGUGCACUGUGGGGUCCUGGGGCUCAGGAAGUGGCAGUUUGACGUGUGGUCUAAUGACGUAACUCUGGCCAACCACAUGGAGGCAGGAGGCAAAGCUGGGCGCAUCCACAUCACCAAAGCCACACUACAGUAUCUGAACGGGGACUACGAGGUGGAGCCGGGCUUCGGAGGAGAGAGAAACGCCUACCUGAAAGAAAACAGCAUCGAGACAUUUCUGGUGCUCGGCUGCAGUCAGAAACGGAAGGAGGAGAAGGCGAUGAUGGCAAAGAUGCAGCGGACGAGAGCCAACUCCAACGAGGGUCUGAUGCCGCGCUGGGUCCCAGACCGGACUUUCUCCAGGACCAAAGACUCCAAAGUCUUCAGACAAAUGGGGAUAGACGAGACCUCCAGUAAAGACAACCGAGGAGUUCAGGAGGCAAUGAACCCAGAGGACGAGGUAGACGAGUUUUUGGGACGAGCCAUCGACGCUCGCAGCAUCGACCAGCUCCGAAAAGACCAUGUCAAGAAGUUCCUCCUCACCUUCCAGACCUCCUCUCUGGAGAAAAAGUAUUCCAAAAAAGUGGACGAUCGUUUUGGUGGAUACGUUGCCUGUACUCUACUAGUGUUCUGCUUUAUAUCAUUCAUACAAAUAGUCAUAUUCCCACACACCCCGGUCAUGUUGGGAAUCUAUAUCAGUAUCUUCAUCAUCCUCGCCAACAUCCUCUUCAUCUGUGCCAUAUAUUCCUGCAUUAAGCUAUUUCCGUCCCCGAUGCAGACGGUUUCUAAAAAGAUUGUCCAGUCUCGCACUAACAGCACCCUGGUGGGAGUCUUCAGCAUCCUCCUCGUUUUCAUAUCUGCCUUUGUCAAUAUGUUUGCCUGUGACACUAGAAGCUUGACGGAGUGCGUGGCCGAGAGCCUAAACUUCUCGUCGUUUAUGGUAACACCUUGUUUGAUCCGCAGCCUGAAUGUGUCUGCAGAGGGUGGGCUGGAGGUCUGCCCCAAUCAAGGCCCCUCCUGCCCCUUUCCUGAGUAUUUCAGUUACAGUGUGCUGCUGACGCUGCUGGCCUGCUCCGUCUUCCUGCAGAUCAGUAGUAUUGGGAAACUCGCUCUGAUGCUGCUCAUCCAGCUCACCUUCCUGCUGCUCAUGGAGUGGCCACAGGUGGCGCUGUUCGACAACGCAGACCUCUUUGUCACCUCCAACGCCAUUGAUUUAAAUGAAACUUAUUCUCAGUGGUCCAGUUUCAAUGAAACUACAACCCAGUGCCCGUAUGUUGUGACCAAAGUGUCGCUGAGGGUCAUGACCCCUGUGAUCCUCACUGUGUUCGUGUUGGCUCUGUACCUCCACGCGCAGCAGGUCGAGUCCACCGCCAGGCUCGACUUUCUCUGGAAACUACAGGCCACAGAGGAGAAGGAGGAGAUGGAGGAGCUUCAGGCCUAUAAUCGUCGUUUGCUUCACAACAUUUUGCCUAAAGACGUGGCGGCUCACUUUCUGGCCCGAGAGCGCAGGAAUGACGAGCUGUACUAUCAGUCAUGUGAGUGCGUCGCCGUCAUGUUCGCCUCCAUCAGUAACUUCUCCGAGUUUUACGUGGAGCUGGAGGCCAACAACGAGGGGGUGGAGUGUCUGCGGCUGCUCAAUGAGAUCAUUGCUGACUUCGAUGAGAUCAUCAGUGAGGAAAAGUACCGUCAGUUGGAGAAAAUAAAGACCAUUGGCUCAACGUACAUGGCUGCGUCUGGUCUGAAUGACUCCACAUAUGACAGAGAGGGGCGGUCCCACAUCACUGCACUGGCCGACUACGCCAUGAGGCUGAGGGAGCAGAUGAAGUAUAUCAACGAGCACUCCUUCAACAACUUUCAGAUGAAGAUAGGUCUGAACAUUGGGCCUGUGGUGGCCGGAGUCAUCGGUGCUCGGAAACCUCAGUACGAUAUUUGGGGAAACACAGUGAAUGUGGCCAGUCGCAUGGACAGCACAGGGGUCCCUGACCGCAUACAGGUGACCACAGACUUGUACCAGGUGCUGUCGGGUAAAGGCUACGUCCUGGAGUGCCGAGGGGUCGUGAAGGUCAAAGGUAAAGGGGAGAUGACAACCUACUUCCUGAACGAUGGACCUCCAAACAGUUAGCAGUCUCUGAAACCUGCUGCAAAGACUCUCUCUGAGCUUCACUUGAAUGGAGAGGACAGUCCAACGCUUGAGGCAUAAAAGUGUUCUUGACCAGACAAAGUGUUCUCUGCCACUUUGGGCCCACACACAUGGCGAAGGCCGCGUGUUUUUCUCAUGUCUAGCCUCUCUCUCAGGCUUCUCGAAAGAUGCAAAGUCUGUUUAUUUAAUACAAAGCCUUUAGCCUGUGUCAAACCAAGAUUUAAGCUGUACAUAAGGCUACUUUUUAUUUCGCCGUGUUAUUUUUCACAUUUUUUUCACAUGAAUUAUAAAGAGGUACUCCUAUUUAAUUUCUCACUUUAUUUAUUUUGAAUCUUAAUGUUUCGUGCAAAAGGUCCUUUAGGAAAAGUAUGGGUAGAUGCGUGCACAAAUAUCCAGUUACACGAUUUAAAGGUGUACGUACAUGCAUUUGUGUGAGUAUGAGUUAAUGUCUAAAAUGAGAAGGAGUUUAUCGACCAAAGACUUAAGUAUUACUAAAAGCAAAGAAAGACAUGCCUGAUAUGUUGUUUUAGUCAUUUUGUGGACAGCAGACUCAGCAACUACGAGCUGCUAGUGAAGUUAGCUUAUUUGUUUUCAAUAAAAUAUCAUUUCAGGUAACAUAGAGUUGUUUGCAUACAUUUUACUUGCCUUUUAUUAAGAGCUAGUUGAGCAGUGAUUUUUGUAUUUUCAAUUUCAGGGGAAAAGUUAACAAUUUGGUCCUCCUUAUUGUAAUUUUAUGUCAGAUUGGUUUUCUUAGAGCUAAUUGAGCAGCCAUUUUGAAGCUAUUUUUUUUUUUGUUUUUGACUCAUGUUGACUGCUCCUGCCAGUUCAAGCUAUAAAUCAUUGUAGGAUGGGUGAUCUAGUAGUGCAACAACUGGGAAGAGCUAAUAAUAACAAU